AUGAACGGGACAGAAGGUAUCAAUUUCUAUGUGCCGCUCUCCAAUAAAACAGGGCUGGUGCGGAGCCCCUUUGAGUACCCACAGUAUUACCUAGCCGAACCCUGGAAGUACCGAAUCGUGUGCUGCUAUAUCUUCUUUCUCAUCUUCACCGGGCUCCCCAUCAAUCUCCUCACCCUCCUUGUCACUUUCAAGCACAAGAAGCUGCGGCAGCCACUCAACUACAUCCUGGUCAACCUGGCAGUGGCUGAUCUCUUCAUGGCUUGCUUUGGCUUCACUGUCACCUUCUACACGGCCUGGAACGGCUACUUUAUCUUCGGGCCCAUAGGCUGUGCCGUGGAGGGCUUCUUUGCCACACUGGGAGGUCAGGUUGCCCUGUGGUCGCUGGUCGUCCUGGCCAUAGAGCGUUAUAUCGUGGUGUGUAAGCCCAUGGGCAACUUCCGCUUCUCUGCCACCCAUGCCUUGAUGGGCAUCAGUUUUACCUGGGCAAUGGCCUUUUCCUGCGCUGCUCCACCCCUAUUUGGCUGGUCCAGAUACAUUCCCGAGGGCAUGCAGUGCUCUUGUGGCCCAGAUUACUACACCCUCAACCCCGACUACCACAACGAAUCCUACGUUGUCUACAUGUUCAUGGUCCACUUCGUCGUCCCGGUGGUGGUCAUCUUCUUCUCCUACGGGCGGCUCAUAUGCAAAGUCCGAGAGGCAGCCGCGCAGCAGCAGGAGUCGGCGAGCACCCAGAAGGCGGAGAGGGAGGUGACCCGCAUGGUGAUCCUAAUGGUUCUGGGCUUUCUCAUGGCCUGGACGCCCUAUGCCUUGGUGGCGUUCUGGAUCUUCACCAACAAGGGGGCGGACUUCUCUGCUACUCUCAUGUCAGUGCCUGCCUUCUUCUCCAAGAGCUCCUCUCUCUACAACCCCGUCAUCUAUGUCCUCAUGAACAAACAGUUCCGUAACUGCAUGAUCACCACAAUCUGCUGCGGCAAGAACCCCUUUGGGGAUGAUGAUGUCUCCUCAACCGUAUCCCAGAGCAAGACUGAGGUAUCCUCCGUCUCCUCCAGUCAAGUGUCACCAGCAUAG